AUGACGGACCCGAUUCGGCAUGCGGAGGAAUUACGACAUAGAGUGGCUCGUGAGGAAGAACAUUCGGAUAUCUCAGACGACGGUUACACUGUGCUCGGAAGUGUUGCAUCGUCGAAUGACAACCGACGUGAGCUCAAAUCACAAGUGAAUGGGCCAGCUGAGGAGAAUAUGGUACACUACAAUGAUGAUAGUACACGAUUGCCCAUUGCUUGCGUGCGCCAGCAGGAGCAAUUGGAGACGUUGGAAUACCAUCCGGUUCGGCUGCGCCUUCCAAGCAUACCAUCCACCAACAGCGCUUUCACGCACUUCGACUUGACACGGCAUCAGAUGAACAGCCCAACGACACCAGCGAAUGAACUAUCGUCAGGGCUCGAUGCGGAGCAGUUUGACGUCCGUUCGCAGCAGACAUCCAUAUCCGUGGUGCAUGGGACCUGUUCCCAGUUACCGAAGCCGACUCAGUCACAACACAUCCGACUUGAUCCCGUCUGCGUUGAGAGCCAUGCUACCACCAUCCUCAGCUUUGAUGAGGUCGACUCUUCAAAAUGUAUGAGAUGGGUUCACUGCCACCAUUGCUCGUUGAGCGGAUCAUCAUGGAUGCAUUGUGUCAACACAUCAAGGAUCCGGAUGCCGUAUUUGGACCAAGCCACUCUGACAAAUCUGAGACUAUUCUAA